UGUAGCACUUACUGAGAUGGGCAGGUCUGUUCUUGUGGGUAGUGGGUGCCCUGGCCAAUUGCUAGGGAUCACUUUGUUGGGAAUAGGGUGUAAUGGCAGGAAUAGUACUUACCUCCACACGUGCUUCACUAAGUCCUUACAGAACGUAUCAGUAGGCAAAGGAACUGGCACUCGGUGCUUUAAUAAAGGAGAAGCCAAUGAAUAAUGAAUGGCAGUCAGUGCCGCUGCCUGUAAAUGAUUCUGUUCAUUAUCUGUGCAAUCAUUUAUGUUCUCUCGCCUCCCAAAGAGACAUCAUUUUGCUCAGGCGAUCGCCAUUAUGAAUUCCCACGGCUGUAACAUCCUAGAACAGUUCUCCAGAAAGAUGGGUUUGAUCCCCACAAUAAACAUCACCACUAUCUCCUGAUCUGCCUCCUAAUGACCUCCAGUGACCUCUCCGACCAAACCAAAGGCUGGAAGACCACCAGGAAGAUAGCGGAACUGAUCUACAAGGAAUUCUUCUCUCAGGGAGACCUGGAGAAAGCAAUGGGAAACAGACCGGUUGAGAUGAUGGACAGAGAGAAGGCUUACAUCCCUGAACUCCAGAUCAGCUUCAUGGAGCACAUUGCCAUGCCCAUAUACAAGUUGCUCAAGGAUCUCUUCCCGCAAUCUUCCGAGUUGUACGAGAGGGUCGCGGCCAACAGAGAAAAGUGGACACGCGUCUCUCACAAAUUUACCAUUAGAGGGUUGCCCAGCAACAACUCCCUGGACUUCUUGGAUGAGGAAUAUGACAUACAGGAGGGUUUGCAAGAUGAACUGAAGAUGAACGGUUGUGUGGAGUCGAAGGAAUCUGUUGUGGGCGACUAAUGGGUGGGACAGUGAGACCAUUUCACCCUCAUUUUCUUAUACAACUCUUUAUAGCCUCAGUGUGAAGAGCGGCCGAGUGUUCAGGUCAUGAGGUGAUCUUGCCUCCUGUGUGCAGCGCAAAGCUUGUGUGUUACGCAAAACCACAAUGGCAUCUGGCCAAUCAGAACGAUCCAGACUGAAGAAACUUUUCUUGCCUCAAAAAAAAAAAGAAUGUUUCACGCACAGAACGUUCAGGAAAGGGACAUUCUAAUAGGUUCAGACUUUUUGUGGGUUCUGUUAACUAUGAUGGGAUUGGCUGUCCACGAGGGACCUUGGCGAGUUGCCAGUUUGGGGAAGCAUUAAUGGUUUUUGCUACUACCCCACCCAACACAAUCAUCUACCUUCUCUAUUGUAAUCUACUACUGCCCCCUCCAUGUUUCCUCCUUGCCAAAGCACUGAUAUAUCUACUCUACCCCUGAGAAAGUUCUAAUGGUGGGAACCCCGUUUGGCCAGUUAACCAAAAAUGUACAGAAUGUUAAUGAUCCAACCGCUUGGUACCUUAGUACUGAUACCUGUGGUCCAACAGAAGGGGUCCCAUUUCCAUCUCAUCCAUACUUGCUUCUCUCCUGUGCCACCUUCAUUCUUUAGGGGCCCCUGGGUUCUCUCUGGUUUGCCAGCUGGAGAACAAAAGAACAUUUUAAAUUCAUGCAAUCAAACUGAAUACUGAGUGGGAUUGGCUACAUAUACAAAGAAACAUGUUUAACUGGGGACACACUCAGCUCAGCUGAUUGUUGGCCCUCUUAACAGAUUUUAUUUUAAAGAAGAAAAAAAAGCCCCUCCUCUCCCAGACUUUGUUUCCGGUGCAUAGCCACUAAUUCUGUACAUAUUUACUUGGCAAAUUUGGGAAUUUCCAUGUAAUUUGUUAAAAGGGACCCAUUCAUUGUAGAGGAAACCAAUUAUUGGAAUAUCUCCAGAUUUCUCCUGUAACAUAUGGCCCAUAAUGUAGUUGACUACUGUUUCUUUUUUUACUGGACUACACAUUGCACUGAACCACUGCCCUCCACAUGGUCCUACAGAGAGGUCCACACCUGCCUGGAGAUAAACAAAUCCUCAACUCUUCAACAUGUGGCUCCCAAAGUAUUCUUCAAAUUUAUCGUUGCCUUUUGGAGGUGCUCAAAACCACAAACACACUGUACAAUUGUAUCAAGGGCUACUGCUUAGUUUUGUUCUUGGGUUCAUUAGAGAACUGCUUACUUUUGGUUUGGGUUUAAACCAGUCUGUGUUGCAUUAAGAAACCCAUAUUUCCCCCAUGAAUCAAUCCAUUUAGGCACUGCCCAUGGGUCUGUUCAUCUUGAGAAAUAAUGUACCAUGAAAGUUACGGCUCAGCGUCCAACCCAGGGGUACAGAAGCCAUAUGAGUGAAUAUCCACAUAAAGCUAAAGUUGGCUCUGUUGCAUCUUUCGGAUAUUGUUUGGCCCCUGGUGUCUGGGACACUGCACAUGCUCAGUGAGCUCUGACCUGUUCUAAGGACUUGUGAGAAAAGUGGUGUAUUGGUGCACCCCAACCAUGUACAUCUCUGGUGGCAUGAAUUCAUUCACGCUCCCUUUGAAUAGACGUUACACUCAAAUAAAACUUUUAAUAAUGUCAACUGUAUCCUAAAAACCCCAAGAUAAUGGAACAUCAAGGGGAGAACUAAUAAGGGAAAACCAGGAGUGCAUCUCAUUCAAAGGGGGCCUUUCUAUUUAGUUUAUUCUUGCACAAUUCUCAAUGGGCAUCCACAGUCUCAAUCAUGUCAACAGCAGGUCCAUUCAAAGACCCAGAGAAGAUGUGGGUCAACAUUUGAGGAGUAGAGAGGGCCUCUAGGCUGGUACAGUAAGCUAAUUGGAUCCUUUCUAGCCUAAUUUUUUGUGGGUUUUAAUUUCUCUUUGCAUUUCAUCAUGGGCAUGAAGAAGACAGAAGAAGGGAGGUCUUUCUUGCCAAAAGCAGAGACACCAUGCUCGACUCUGGACAUUGUUGGUUCAGGGGAAGGGUUGGUUCAGCCUACAGCAUUGUGGCCCUCUCCUCGUGACUGGCUCUAGUCCUGUGGAUGCUACUAAACUCUGUAAUAGGAGGAACUGCUGCAAAGUUGUGUAAUGACUUAUUUUUAUACUGAUAUCAAAGCUGCUCCUCAGAGACAAUGGGCUCUGGGGUGAGUGUCGGAACAGAAAUAAUUUAUUGUAUGUGUAAAUAGUGAUAUUAUUCUCAAUGACUGAUGUAUCAAUGCCAAAACGUCUCACACUGACAGAUUAGCAGGCUUGGAAAGGGACAUCCCUAACAUUUUUGGAGUUUGCCAAGUGAUUUACCUACUAGCCGGCAUUUUGGUCAUGUAGUGCUGGAUUUGGGUGCUUUUCUGCUGAUGAAUACAGUCCAUGUGCUAUUCCCCUUAUAGUCUGUAUGAGUCAGUAUCUCCACUAGAACUGUUUGAUUCCAAAACUUGAGCCAACCCAUCAGUUUGGUAACCGCUAUACUAGUGGCUAUACCAUUCCCUACUUUGUACAAGGGCUGAAGCACAUGGACUUCACCAAGAGAGAGGUGCAGAACCUCAGUUAGGAUAGAAUGGUUACAUGUUCUACUAGAUACUCCCAGAAGUGCAUCUUGAAGGUCAGGGUGAUAUUUAGGAUGCACAUUUAUUUGCUGUGUCCACGUGUCUGUAGCCUAGUUGUGAGCGAACUGAAGGUUUAGGAUACAGCACCAAGUGGAGACAAAUGGAAUCAUUGCAGAUACACAUAGCAAUCAUACAAGUUUAUAAAGCUCCAGUCUUCUGCUUGUCCAGGUCCGACUACUGCAGAAACAGAACAUGACCAAUGACCCUGGGGUGUCCCGAUCCAACAUCAACAAAUUCCCCUCUCUGCCUUUUUGCUCCUGUUUUACAUUAAAAUCUGGGUGCAAGUAAUGCCAGUAUAAUCUUUCCCAGUGCCAUCAGAAACACCAUGAGGGUGCCGUAGCCAAUUCUACCCACUUGUUUUUGUUUUAUGCCCUCCGUGAAAGGACAGUUGAAGCGAAUGCACAAAAAGAAGUGGAAGGGAGUGACGUGCGAGUGCAUUUCUAUAUGUGCCUGUGUUCUCUAGCACUCUGUUGUUCCAUAUGUACAGCCUUUCUACCACUGACAUAUCUAUAUAAAGAUACCAAAUGUU